AUGGCGGCUGAUGGACAAGAGGUGCAUCUUUUGUUUUUUGAUACGUUCUACCACGAGCAGAACAAGGAGGAGCUGAACCUUGACCUCAUCCAAUUCUCAGAGCCAGUGUUGGUCUACGAGCUGAGGGUCAUCCCUCUCAAAACACAAGUGGAGCCCAAUCUUGGCAAAGGUUGUCGGCUGGGGGGCACUUUGCCAGCUGAGUUCAAGCUGGAAGUGUUUGCUAACAACUUGGACAAGCCAAACGCUUCAACAUUUGAGAAACUUGGACAGCUGGAUUAUAAGGAAAACAAAAACAUUCAACUAAAACUUGAUCGUCAUGUGCCUACUGAUGGCCUGAUACUGAAAGGAUGGUACCGUGCUGUGACACUGGCAGUGUAUGGAUGUGUUACCGUGGUGAUGCCUCCACAUGAUUCUCCACCUCCACCACCUCCACCACUCACAGGUUAUCAGACUACACAGGGUAAAACAAAGAUACCAGGUCUAGAGCUUGGAGAUGAGGAGACUGCCAAGCCUGUGAUACAGCAACAACACCCGCUAGACUACAUCAAUGAACAAGUGCAGAAACUUCACUCGUCUUUGCCAUCAUCAUCACCAUCUUCCUCUGUGCAGUCCCGGGAUCCACACAAACCUGCUGCUCUUGAAGAUUCUUUUGUUGAUGUUCUGAGGAAACCAUCACCUCGCAGGGAAAGAGAUUUUGGCCCUAGCCGAGACAGAGCUUCUAGUAGAGAUCGGGACGUCGGCUGUAGCCGAGACAGAGCUUCUAGUAGAGAUCGGGACGUGGGCUGUAGCCGAGAACAUGGGUCCAGCCAUGACAGAGGCAGGGAUAGAGAAAUAUUUGAUGUUGGCCGAGACACAUUUGAUGAUAACCGAGACAGAGACACAUUUGAUGCUGGCCGAGAUAGAGACACAUUUGACGAUAACCGAGACAGAGACAUAUAUGAAGUCAACAGGGAUCAAGAGUCACAUGACAGACCUCGAGGCUACAAUUUUCCACCAGAACCGAAAGAACCUUAUGAUAUCAGAGACAAGGAUGGCCAGAAUGAUGAUUUUCGUCCGAGGUCUCGAGAUCUCGAUAGUGAUUUUAGCAUAAGAAGUGUUCAAGAUGAAGAUCGCCCAAGGUCCAGAGAGCAGGACAGAGAUCGAGAAUAUGCUGCUAGAAGGAGCAGAACUGGACAUCAUGACUCACAAGAUGGUGAUGAAAGGGAGAGGAUGGGGCAUCGUGACUCCCGGGACAGUGAUGGAAGAGACAAGAUGGGACACCAUGACUCACGGGACAGUGAUGGAAGAGACAAGAUGGGACACCAUGACUCACGGGACAGUGAUGGAAGAGAGAGCAGAGUGUCCUACUCCAGAGAGGGGUCCCGAGAACCCAGAGAACUUUUAGGAGAGAGUCCAGUCAGGGACAGCAGCAGAGAUGACUCUCUCAGAGAGCAAGAGAAAGAAGCUGAAAAAGAAAAAGAGAGAAUGGAAGAAAGGGAAAGAGAAAAGAAAGAAGCAGAAGCAAAAGAGCAAGAAAUACUUGAGCGAGAGAUUAAAGAACGAGAAUUGAAAGACAGAGAACGGGAGAGAGAGUUACAGAAGGAACGUGAAAGGGAAAGAGAGAUUCAAAAAGAAAAAGAACAAAGAGAGAAAGAGAGAGAAAGGGAAUUAGAAAAAGAAAAAGAGCUUAAAGAGAAAGAACUGGAGAAAAAAAGAGAAAAAGAGAGGGAGAAAGAAAAAGAGGCUGAAAGAGAAAAGGAGAAAGAAACAGAAUUUGAGAGAGAAAAAGAGAGAGAGAAAGAGAUGCGAAUUAAAGACAGAUAUGACCAUGAUUGGCCGUCACAGACCCGAAGCCCAACAACACAAAGUCGCCAGGGAGGAUCACGGUCCAGGUCCAACUCAAGAAGCAGAAGAGUCUCCAGGUCACGACAUAGAUCCAGGUCAAGGUCCAAACCAAGGACUGUGUCUAAAGUUCGGUCUAAGUCACGAUCGCCGCAGAUUGAGCGUCCACCCGAGCCUCCUUUGA